AUGGACGUGGUUAUUCAGACCCUGCAGUCCUUUGAUAAUAUGGGAGAUGGGAGUGAAUUCAGCCAGGAACCUGUUACAUUUGAGGAUGUGAGUGUGGACUUCUCAGAGGCAGAAUGGAAGACCCUGAGCUCUGAGCAGAAGAACCUGUACAAAGAAGUGAUGCUAGACUUAUUUCAAAACCUUCUGUCCCUGGGAGAGAAGCCUUAUAUUUGCAAGGAGUGUGGACGAGGCUUUAGCCGUAAUUCAUCUCUUAUCAAACACAGGAGAACACAUUCAGGGGAGAAGCCUUAUGUUUGCAAAGAGUGUGGACGAGGCUUUACCUGUAAUUCAAAUCUCACCAAACAUGAGAGAACACAUUCCGGGGACAAGCCUUACGUUUGUAAGGAGUGUGGGCGACGCUUUAUCUGUAAUUCAUCUCUCAUCAAUCACCAUAGGACACACACAGGGGAAAAGCCUUACGUUUGCAGGGAAUGUGGACGAGGCUUUAGCUAUUACUCAAAUCUCACUAGACACCGGAGGACACACUCAGGAGAGAAGCCGUAUGUUUGCAAGGAGUGUGGGCUAGGCUUUACCUAUAAGUCAACUCUCAUCAAGCACCAGAUGUUGCAUACAGGGGAGAAUCCUUAUGUUUGCAAGGAAUGUGGACGAGGCUUUAGCUAUUACUCAAAUCUUACCAGACACUAUAGGACACACUCAGGAGAGAAGCCGUAUGUUUGCAAGGAGUGUGGGCAGGGCUUUUUCUGUAAUUCAUCUCUCAUCAGUCACCGGAGAACCCACACAGGGGAGAAGCCUUAUGUUUGCAAGGAAUGUGGGCGAGGCUUUAGCUAUUACUCAAAUCUUACCAGACACCAUAGGACACACUCAGGAGAGAAGCCGUAUGUUUGCAAGGAGUGUGGGCAAGCCUUUACCCACAGGCCGACUCUCUUCAUACACCAGAGGAAACACUCAUGUUUAGAAGCCUUAUGUGUUCCUGACUUACGUUCAAGGCUUUACCCUGCAGACCUUUAA